UGUCAGAUUCUGGAGAGUCCAGAGUUCCCUCUGAUGUCCAAAGAGGGAGACGUCAUGAUUGGAGGAGCCUUUUCCAUCCACAGCAAAAUCACACAACCUCCACUUGACUUUACAGAGAAACCAACACGACUCAGGUGUUCCAGCAUCAACCUCAGGGAGUUCCGAUUUGCCCAGACCAUGAUAUUUGCUAUUGAGGAAAUCAACAGAAGUAAAUUUCUUCUUCCAAAUGUUUCUGUCGGAUAUCGUAUUUAUGACAACUGUGGCUCAACACUGUCCUCAAUGCGUGCAGUGAUGGCCCUGAUGAAUGGUGAUGAGUGGACUUUAGAAAGGAAAUGCUCUGGACAAUCAGCUGUUCAUGCUAUUAUUGGAGAGUCUGAAUCCUCUUCAACUAUUGUGCUGUCAAGGACUACAGGACCAUUUAAAAUGCCAGUGAUAAGCCACUCAGCUACCUGUGAGUGUUUGAGUAGCAGGAAAGAGUAUCCCUCUUUCUUCCGAACCAUUGCUAGCGACCUCUACCAAAGCCGAGCCCUCGCCCAGCUGGUCAAGCACUUUGGCUGGACGUGGGUUGGAGCGGUCAACAGCGACAGUGACUACGGCAACAACGGCAUGGCUAUCUUCCUGGCUGCAGCCCAGGAGGAAGGAGUGUGUGUGGAGUAUACAGAAAAAUUUCACCGUUCAGACCCAGAAAAACUUCUAAAAGUGGUAGAAGUGAUCCAGAAGAGCACCGCCAGGGUCAUCGUCGGCUUCCUGGCCCACGUAGAGAUGAACAACCUGCUGGAGCAGCUGAGUCUGAACAACAUCACAGCCCGACAGUUCAUCGGUGUGGAGGCCUGGAUCACUGCUGACAGCCUCGUGACUCCCACCAGCUUCAGUGUGCUGGGAGGUUCACUGGGCUUUGCAGUGCAAAAGGCCAAUAUCAGUGGCCUGGAGGAUUUUUUAGUGAAAGACUUCUGGGAGACAGAAUUUAAGUGUGAGGAGACAAAUAGGAGCAGUGGGACAAAAACAGCGUCUUGCAAAGAAAACCAAGAUUUAAUUGAGCUGAGAUAUAAUGAUGAUGACGUGGCUGAACUGAGAUACUCCAGUAACAUCUACAAAGCAAUAUAUGCUGUUGCUUAUUCUUUGCACAGCAUCUUAAAGUGCUCACACACUCAGGGGUGUGAUAAGACAGUGAAGGUCACACCGUGGCAGGUUGUAGAGUCUCUAAAACAGGUGAAUUUUACUAUCAAGAAUGGGGACAAAGUGUGGUUUGACAGCACUGGAGCAGCCGUGGCCAGGUAUGAGGUGGUGAACUGGCAGCGUGGAUCAGAUGGAUCGGUUCAGUUUAAACCAGUUGGCUACUAUGACGCCUCCUUGCCUCCUGGACAGAGGUUUGUUCUCAACACUGAAGCUAUAAUGUGGCCUGGAGGAAGCAAAGAGCUGCCUGUAUCAGUGUGCAGUGGCAGCUGUCGUGCAGGAACUCAUAAAGUCCUUCAAAAAGGAAAGCCAGUCUGCUGCUAUGACUGCAUACCAUGUGCAGAUGGGAAAAUCAGCAACACCACAGAUUCUAUUGACUGCAGAAAGUGUCCUGAAGAGUAUUGGUCCAAUCAAAACAGAGACGCAUGUGUACUGAAAAAAGUUGAGUUUCUCUCCUUCACUGAAGUUAUGGGUAAAAUACUUGUGUUUUUCACGUUGCUCGGAGUGCUCCUCACUAUAAUAGUGGCCGCUCUGUUCUUAAUCCACAAGGAAACUCCGCUGGUGAAGGCCAACAACUCAGAGCUGAGCUUCCUGCUGCUCUUCUCUUUAACUCUAUGCUUCCUGUGCUCUCUGACCUUCAUCGGUCGGCCCUCUGAGUGGUCCUGCAUGCUGAGACACACAGCGUUCGGCAUCACCUUUGUCCUCUGCAUCUCUUGCAUUCUUGGCAAAACAAUAGUGGUUUUGAUGGCCUUUAAAGCGACACUUCCGGGUAGAAAUGUGAUGAAAUGGUUCGGGCCUACACAGCAGAGACUCAGUGUUCUGGCAUUCACUCUCUUACAGGUUAUAAUUUGUAUACUGUGGCUGACAAUAAAUCCUCCUUUUCCCUUCAAAAAUAUGAGUCACUAUAAGGGGAAGAUAAUUCUUGAGUGUGCUCUGGGGUCACCUGUGGGAUUCUGGGCUGUGUUAGGAUACAUUGGGGUUUUAGCUCUUCUAUGUUUUAUAAUUGCUUUUCUGGCUAGAAAGUUACCUGAUAACUUCAAUGAAGCUAAAUUUAUCACCUUCAGCAUGUUGAUAUUCUGUGCAGUCUGGAUCACCUUUAUCCCAGCGUACGUCAGCUCUCCUGGAAAGUUCACUGUGGCUGUGGAGAUAUUUGCUAUUCUGGCCUCCAGCUAUGGACUGCUUUUCUGCAUUUUUCUUCCAAAAUGUUUCAUAAUUUUGUUUAGGCCAGAGAAGAAUACUAAGAAACACAUAAUGGGAAAGACAUCAAAUAGUGAUGUACAUUAUUAA